AAAACAUCAUGGCGGCAGCCUAGUGACAACGCGUCUAGUUAACAGUAUUUUGCAUAUUAUUUCAAUGCCGUUAGUUUGUGUUUCCUAAUUUUCAGUACAUUUCUAGCUCUAAUAAAACAUUCCAAAACGACUUUAUUUGUAAGAAGACAGAGGGAAGCCACAAGCAAUACCCCAUCAAAAGGACCACUUUAUGUCAUUGUUUAACGAACACGGCAAGGGACCACGGCUUCACGAAAAGAAAACGAGAAUGCCCACGCAAACUGCGGAAACUGAUGACAUUCGCGUGAAAAUUAUAUAUAAUGGAGAAGUUCAAAUUACGUAUAUCACUGCGGGAAUCUCGGUGGAUACUUUGCGGGAAGAGAUGAGGACAAUAUGUGGCUUUGGAGCAGGCCCUGGUUCAGGACAGGAUCAGUUCACGAUGAAGUGGGUCGACGACGAGGGUGACCCUUGCAGAAUCGUGUCCCAACAAGAACUUGACGAGGCGUUACGACUUUAUGAGCUCGAGAAGGACACGGAAAUUACCAUUCAUGUUUUUCCAAAUGUGCCGGCUGCCCCAGGAAUGCCCUGCCAGGGUGAAGAUAGGAGCAUCUACAGACGAGGUGCUCGAAGAUGGAGGAAACUAUACCGAGUGAAUGGACACAUAUUUCAGGCCAAGCGGUUCAAUCGACGUGCAUUUUGCGCCUACUGUCGAGACAGAAUUUGGGGUUUGGGAAGACAAGGUUUUAAAUGUAUCCAGUGCAAGCUUCUGGUUCACAAGAAAUGUCACAAGGUUGUGCGAUUGCCCUGUCUCAGUCAACAGCAGCAACAACAACAGUCUGCAGAUCAAGUUAUCGACAGAAAUGGUGAUCAGCAACUAGAUUCUCGACAGUCCAGUCCUCCUACUCAUCUCGACGAUGAUGGAACAGAUACUUUGACAAUCGAAGAGCAUGGAUAUCGCCAUCGAGCAACUAGCGAUGAAGGCGAGGAAUUGGCGCUGGACGCGAUUCCCGGUGCCGAUGGAGCGGGUGAUCUGCAGAGGCAAUAUUCCUUGAGCGACUUUGAGCUCAUUAGAGUAAUUGGUCGAGGGUCUUAUGCAAAAGUCCUGAUGGUGGAAUUGAAACGAACGAGAAGGAUCUAUGCAUUGAAGGUGAUCAAGAAGGCCUUGGUCACUGAUGACGAGGACAUUGACUGGGUGCAAACCGAGAAGCACGUUUUCGAAACGGCUUCGAAUCAUCCUUUCCUCGUCGGCCUUCAUUCGUGCUUCCAGACGCCCUCGCGUCUCUUUUUCGUCAUCGAAUUUGUUCGAGGUGGCGAUCUCAUGUUCCAUAUGCAGAAUAAGCGUCAACUUCCAGAGCCGCACGCUUGUUUCUACGUUGCCGAGAUUAGCCUGGCCUUAAAUUUCCUUCACGAAAAAGGAAUAAUUUACCGAGAUUUGAAAUUGGACAACGUAUUACUGGAUCACGAGGGACAUGUGAAAUUGACAGACUACGGAAUGUGCAAGGAAGGAAUUAGAGACGGCGACACGACGGGGACGUUCUGUGGCACUCCCAAUUACAUAGCGCCUGAGAUUCUGCGAGGAGAGGAUUAUGGUUUCUCGGUUGAUUGGUGGGCUUUAGGUGUACUUCUCUACGAAAUGUUGGUUGGCCGAAGUCCAUUUGACAUAGCAGGAGCUUCAGAGAACCCUGAUCAGAAUACAGAAGACUACCUCUUCCAAGUGAUCCUGCAAAAGACGAUUCGAAUUCCGCGAAGUCUCUCGGUUAAAGCAGGUUCCGCUCUCAAGGGCUUCCUCAACAAAGAUCCCGCGGAGAGACUUGGUUGCGGCCGAGGUCCAUCGGCUUUCUCUGAUAUUAUCGGCCAUCCGUUCUUCAAAGAGAUCGAUUGGGAAAUGUUGGAGCAAAAGCAGAUCACACCGCCUUAUAAGCCAAGCUUGAAAUCGGAUCGCGAUUUGGCAAACUUCCCACCUGAAUUUACGAAGGAACCAGUACGUCUCACACCCGAUGAUCCACAAGAUAUCGCUAAAAUUGACCAGACGGAAUUCGAAGGGUUCGAAUACCACGAAGAGCAACAACUUAUUCUCUACGAACUAGGUCAGCAGCAAUUUCGAGAUUGUGACGUGUACGAGUUGCGGGACAGGCUAGCUAGUCUUCAUUUUGAACCCUUUCCCGUUGUCAACGUGGACAUUUACAAUCAGCAGGUCAACGUCUUCGAGAUGAAAAACUCCCACGAGAACGACAAUAACUACAACGAGUAUCGGCUGCCGCCACCUUUUCCAUUUCAAUACGAAAGUCCGCUCUACUCGCGUUCUCUCAGUAUUACGGACGUCGCGUUCGAUUCGGGCAAUAAUAAUAACGCAGCAGUUAGUGGUUACGAUGAAAAUGAUUACGACGACGUGGAGGUCGAAGAAGAGAAUCCCAAAAAGGGGAUUUUAAAACAGAUGUUCUGCCUUCCUUUAAAUUAAUUAUUUUAAUCAAAAUAGGCCUAAGCGAUCUUGAUUAGUCAAAGAUUGAUUUGUCUUCAUGAACUUUGCAGAAACAAAAAGUUUACAUCAGCGUUUAGAUAAUCGUGCACUUUACUGAAACUUCAAAUCUUCCCUAGAUCUUCAAAGCUUUCUUUCAACUCGCAAAAGAUUCAGAAUUAGUUUUCUGUGAAAUUCCACAUUGUAUUUCAAGAGCGACUGUCCGUAAAGUUUAAUUUUCUAUCGCACACUAUUGAGAUACUGUGGAAUUAGUACCUGAAUGCUCUGAUUAAUCUUGAAACAAACAAAAAAAUACACAAACGAAAAAAAAAAUUGCAUUUAGUCUCGUGCAACUUUUUCGAAAGCGAUCGUUGAGGAAAAUUCUCUACAUCGACUGAGUCGUCUUCGAAGUGGACACAAUUGUUUAUUUAACGUUUUAGUUACCCUUUUUUCAUCCUUUUAACGAAAGAACUUAUUCCUGAAAUUUAUUAAUGUAGUAUUAAAUUUCAUAGAUCAUCUGCAAAUUUGAAGAUCUGUUUUGCGUCGAAAAGUGAGACUUUAGCUUAAGGUAACAAUUUUAGCAAGAAAAAAAAAACAAAAACAAAGCCUUCAAAUAAAGAGAAUGGCGCGAGUGAUAAACGCGAGAAAUAACAACGACAUGCACAGGAAUAAUUGCUGUCCAUUACCUUUACUGGUGACAAACAAAAAAAAAGAAAA